CGAUAAGGUUGACUUUGGGCAAUUGCAUUCCCUAGACUGCAACUGACUUUGGCGAGUUGUAGAGUUUAGAUACCUUAUUACUUAGUACCUACCUAGGACGUAUUUUCCUAUGAACUUUCGUGUGAUGUAUUGUCGAAUAAUAGUUUUUUAAUUUAUUUAAAUAUGACAUCGAAUAUUUUAUUAUUUUUUAAUUUAUUGGCCUUUUUUGUGAUUUUGGCCAAUUGUGUGGUCCUUCAUACAAAACAAGGGUCCCUGAAAGGUUUCGUUUCCCCGAGCAGAAAUGGCCGACCUUUUUAUUCAUUUUAUAGCAUUCCCUACGCUGAACCUCCGGUAGGAGACUUACGAUUCAAGGAUCCAGUUCCAGCAAAAUCAUGGCAAGGUGUACGAGAUGCCACCGUUGAAUCUCCUAUUUGUCCUGGUUCACUCUAUGGUGAAGUAUCAGGCCAAGAAGAUUGCCUCUAUUUAAACGUUUACAAGCCAAAAACAUCAAACGAAACCUUACUGCCUGUGAUGGUUUUCAUCUAUGGAGGUCAUUUCAUUUGUUGCAAUGCUCGAAUAGGUCGAUAUGGAGCGAAUUAUUUCAUGGACAGAGAUGUGAUAUCAGUAACUUUCCAUUACAGAAUAGGAAUUUUGGGUUUUCUAAGUACCGAAGACGAAGUAAUACCGGGAAAUUAUGGUUUGAAAGAUGGAAUAGCAGUACUUCAAUGGGUUCAAAAAUAUAUCGAAGAUUUUGGCGGCGAUAAGAACAAAGUAACAUUAUUUGGAGCUAGCUCCGGAGCAAUUAGUGCAUCGUUAACGCUGAUAUCACCUCUGGCCAAAGGUCUGUUUCAUGGUCUAAUAACUCAAAGUGGACAUCCCUUCGAUUUGGAAAAGCCUGGUGUGCAUAGAUCAAAUGCGUGGAGACUCGCCUCAUCAGUUGGCUGCAAUAAAGACACAGUAAAAACUUCGGAAGAACUUUUAAAUUGCUUGAAGAAUAUUUCAGCAGAAGAAUUGGCCAAGUAUACUGAAACUUACAGCGUUGGAGUAAUCCUGCCUGCUUUCCCUUGGGGCCCGGUUAUUGAAAAUGAAAAAGUUCCCGGAGCUUUCUUAGUCGACGAACCUGGAAAAUUACUUGCACGAAAAUCAAAUAUACCUUGGAUAAUGGGCAUGAAUUCCGACGACGGGGGCAUGAUGGCGAUAUUUCUCUAUUACGAUCCAUCCUGGUGUGAAUCUUUGUCACAUGAAUUUGAUACCAACUACAGAAAACAUUUUCCCGAACUAUUGCGAUACAUACACCACGUCAGCGCCGAAAAACUCGAUAAUGUUACAGAAAUGUACAAAAAGCAUUAUUUUGGUGACCAAAAAAUCAGCGAAAAUAUUCACGGAUUUUCAAAGAUGUUCACCACGUUGAUUUACGCAACCGGAAUCAGAGAAAGUGUGAAAUUAUACAAAGGCCCCAAAUACGUUUACUAUUACGAUCACAGAAAUGAAGAAUCAUUCGCAAGCAUGUUCGCCAAUACUGAACUUGAUAUCGAUAUCGGUGUUAUCCACGGAGAAGAACUUAUAACCUUUUUCAACUCGUCUUCUGUGACGAAACCAGUCACCGAAGGUGUAGAUUUGAUUGUUUCCGAACAAAUGGUGAAUUUAUGGACAAAUUUUGCUGCAACAGGGGACCCGAAUUAUCAAGACAGGACAGUCUGGAAACUGGUAGAUUCGUCGACGAUAAAUUAUUUACAUGUAAGAAAUGGCGAAUUGAAAAUGAAAAACGAGUUCCUGAAAUCCGAAUUUGAUUUCUUAGACAGCGUUCCAGUCGAUGGAUAUUUUUAAACCAUUUUUUAUAGCCUUUGUUUUUGUUUUUGUUAUUGUUGUUUAUACCUAUGCAUAAUGAUAAGAAAAAAUAAAAUUAACAUUCCUUCGAUCGUA